UUUAGGAAAGAGAAUAUGUAUAAGAAUUUGGUUCAUGAAUUUUCUUAGGCCACAAAGAAAGAUAGAUCGAUCGAGGGCGAUGCCAAGCGGUGGAAACGGAGUCGGUAACGGCGCAGGCACAAGCGGAGGUAGUCAGACGUUCAAGCCUUACCGUCACCUGAAAACCCUAGAAGGGCACACGGCGGCGAUCUCGUGCGUGAAAUACUCCAACGAGGGAAACCUUCUGGCAUCCGCCUCCCUGGACAAGAGCAUGAUUCUAUGGUCCGCAACGAACUACUCCCUGAUCCAUCGAUACGAAGGACACUCGAGUGGUGUCUCCGAUCUAGCAUGGUCCUCCGAUUCGCACUACACCUGCUCGGCCUCCGACGACUGCACGCUUCGAAUCUGGGACGCUAGGGCUCCCUACGAGUGUCUCAAGGUGCUGAGAGGCCACACCAACUUCGUCUUCUGCGUUAACUUCAACCCUCCCUCGAAUCUGAUCGUGUCUGGUUCGUUCGAUGAGACGAUUCGGAUCUGGGAGGUGAAGACGGGCAGGUGCGUGCGCGUCAUUAAGGAGGCUCACUCGAUGCCUAUUACGAGCGUGCAUUUCAAUCGCGACGGGUCCUUGAUUGUAUCGGGGAGUCACGAUGGCUCCUGUAAGAUAUGGGAUGCCAAGGAAGGGACUUGCUUGAAGACUUUGAUUGAUGACAAGUCUCCUGCUGUUUCUUUCGCCAAGUUCUCUCCUAAUGGCAAGUUCAUCCUCGUUGCCACUCUUGAUAGUACUCUCAAGCUCUCUAACUAUGCUACUGGGAAGUUUAUAAAGGUAUACACAGGACAUACCAACAAAGUAUUCUGCAUCACAUCCGCCUUUUCUGUCACCAACGGCAAGUACAUUGUCAGUGGAUCUGAAGACAACUGUGUCUAUCUCUGGGAUCUUCAGCAUAAAACUAUACUGCAGAGACUACAAGGCCACACUGACGCUGUCAUCUCUGUCACUUGCCAUCCUGUUCACAACCAGAUUGCUUCUUCCGCAAAUCAUUUAGAUAGAACCAUCAGGAUUUGGAAACAGGAGGAUGCUUAGAAGAACAUGAGUUUGAUUAUUAAAACAAAAACAUACGAACAAUGUAAUUUGCCUUGUCAGAUUUGAUUAUACACCUUCAUGGUGGUCAUGAAACCAUACUAUCACAUGUUAUUAAUAUCCACACUAAUGUACUGAAUCAAUAUCAAGUCCCCUGCUAUUAGUGAA